AUGGCCUUUUAUUAUCGCGCUCCCGAGGUAAUUUUGGGCAUGGACUAUGCGGAAAAAGUCGAUGUCUGGGCAUUAGGUUGUAUCUUUGCCGAGAUGGUUCUGGCACGAAUCAUGUUUCCCGGAAAGAAUUACGUCGAUCAGUGGGUCACAAUCACUGAGACUCUGGGCACACCAGAUAAAUCGUUCAUGGACCGCCUUGAAUCGAGUGUGCGACGCUAUGUCAUGGGUCGUCCGCAUUGUCCACCAAAAUCAUUUGAGAGACUAUUCCCAGACAAUAAAUUUCCACCCCCAAGUCCAAACCAUGAGUCACUCAAUGCUGAACAAGCCAGAGAUUUGGUCAGACGGAUGUUGGUCAUCGAUCCAGAUUACCGGAUAUCUGUAGAGGAAGCCCUACAACAUCCGUAUGUCAACCUCUGGUAUGAUGAAUCAGAAGUGCGCGGGCCUCCAUGUGGUCAGUACGAUGUCAAUCUAUACGAACGCGAUCUGACGAUUGAGGAAUACAGGCGUUGCAUCUUUGAAGAAAUUCAACAGUUCCAGCCUGUUUGUGAUAUGGAGUAA